AGUUUUAUUAAUAAUUUUGAUAUGGAUUAGAAUAUUAGAGAUGAUUGUUUGAAAUUGAAGGGGAGGAAUCUUGGAGAACACAACCGGGGCAGGCGUUUUUGAUAUUCUCAAUCUCAUAUUGUGGCAAGUGGCAAGAAGGUGAAGGCAGAAGCAAUGUCUGGUCUCCUAGAUGAGUGCAGGGAAGUGUUGCUGGAGGUGGAUGCAAAUGAGAAACCCAAAUUCCAAAUAAGAAAUCUGACAAGAGUUUCGGACGAUGGGGUUCCCAUCCUCAAAGGCAUCAACCUAGACAUCCCAAAGGCUGUCAUCGUGGGGGUCAUAGGUCCCAGCGGUAGCGGAAAGUCAACGCUCUUGAGGGCUUUAAACCGCCUCUGGGAACCACCCUCCGCCUCCGUCUUCCUCGACGGCCAAGACAUCGCUCAUCUCGACGUUCUCUCUCUCCGUCGCAACGUUGGGAUGCUCUUUCAGCUCCCUGCCCUCUUUCAAGGUACAGUUGCAGACAAUGUGAGGUAUGGACCACAACUUAGAGGUAAAAAAUUAAGCGAUGAUGAGGUGCGCAAGUUGCUGAUAAUGGCUGACCUAGAUGCUUCUUUCAUGGAUAAGUCCGGGGCUGAACUCUCUGUGGGCCAAGCUCAAAGAGUUGCACUUGCUAGGACUUUAGCUAAUUCACCAGAGGUUUUGUUGCUGGAUGAGCCAACUAGUGCGUUAGAUCCAAUAUCCACAGAAAACAUAGAGGAUGCACUGAUGAAGCUGAACAAGAAUCGGGGCAUGACAGUGAUCAUGGUCUCUCAUAGCAUCAAACAAAUCCAGAGGAUCGCUGACAUAGUGUGCCUGCUUGUUGAUGGUGAAAUUGUUGAAGUUCUGAAGCCUGAUAAACUCUCUGAAGCCAAGCACCCCAUGGCACAGAGGUUUCUUGAACUCAGUUCUUAGGGGGUCCUAAUUUAAGUGUCGUAUUGUAUAAUUCUGUCUUCACUUGUGGGGUUUAGAACGUUUGAGUCUGUCCCUAGAAUAUUCUACAGCCAAGCGAGAUCAUAUACUUGUGCUAUCAGCCAAGCCACGUUUAGUCAUAACAAUUUAAUCUAUAUGCGUGCUUAAGGUAUGUGAGACUACUACUAAAAAACACUUUCCAAAUUGCUAUGAAAUAAGUGAGGUUUUUUAUUUAUUUA